AUGCCUUCCUCAACACCCACCCACGUCUUCAUCGUCCGCCACGGCGCCCGCCUCGACAUGGCCGACGCCCAAUGGCAGCUCUCCUCGCCCACGCCCUACGACCCGCCCCUCACCUACGGCGGCUGGACGCAGACCCGCAGCCUCGGCUCCCGCAUCGCCACCCUCAUCGCCAACAGGCUCAACACCCCCCACCCCGCCUCCACCACCGCCGCCCACCCGCGCAAGAUCCGCAUCGUCAUCCACUCCUCCCCCUUCCUGCGCUGCAUCCAGACAAGCGUCUCAAUCGCAUCCGGCAUCGCGCAGCACCACCACCAGGAGAUCACAAACACGCACUACGUGCACGCCGACCCCGACGACGCCGACGGCGAGGGCGACGGCGAGCUCACCGUCGACCCCGCCCCGCACGACCGCUCAGAGCACCAAUUCGUCAAGCCGCUGCUGCGCCUCGACGCCUGGCUCGGCGAGUGGCUGGCCGAGGACUACUACACAGACAUCACGCCGCCGCCGCCCACGCCGCUGCUCGUCGGCUCCGCGAAAGCCGACUACAUCCGGCCCCCCUCCCCGCCCCCUUCCUCCUCCGCCCACCACGUACAGCACCACCACGUCCCCUCGCUCUACAACAUGUCGUCGCUCGCGGCGGCGCUGCCGCCCGCGUUCACGGGCGGCUUCGUCGCCCCCACGCCCACGUGGGCCACGUCGCCGAACGGCCCCAUCCCGCGCGGGUACUUCUCGCACGCGAAGCAGUACGCCGAGUUUGACAUCGGCUGGGACUCGACGAGGCUGGGCGGCGGCGGCGAGUACAAGGAGGAGUGGACGGCCAUGCAUAAGCGCUUCAAGAACGGGUGGAACCGCCUGCUGUGGUACUAUGCCACCGAGGACCCGCAGGUGGCGACCUCGCCGACGCAGUGGAAGCGCUGCGCGGCCGGCGAGGCGGCGGUGUCGAAGCCGGCUACUCCUACGCCUACACCAGCGAAGGAGCACCCGCAGCUGGCUACGGCGGCGGCCGUCAACGGCAACCCGACGCCGCCGCUCUCCGACUGCGGCGACGACGACGGCGCCGACACCGACACCGACACCGACACCGACAUCGAGACGGUGCUCAUCCUCGUCACGCACGGCGCCGGCUGCAACGCGCUCAUCGGCGCAAUCACGCACCAGCCCGUGCUCAUCGACAUCGGCAUCGCCUCGGUGACCAUGGCCGUCCGCCGCGACCACGACUCCUCCCGCUCUCACCACCACCACCACCACAGCCACUCCGCGCCCCCAACAACAGCAACCACAGACGACGCCCCCGCGGCCCCGCCGGCGAAAUACGCGCUCCAGAUCGUCGCGAACAACGAGCACAUCCGCACGGGCGCCACGCCGACGAGCACGCCGCCCGUGUCGCCGCACCUGCGCUCCACGGCCGCGAAGCGCACGACGACCAUUGGCGGGUUUACGCUGGCGGCGUCGGGCGCGGGGAAGGAGAUGGCGAUGUUCGGGCAUCAUGGGAAGCGGAGCGCGAGUACGGCCAGCUCCGGGCCCGCGCCGAAGGGGCUGUGGAGCCGCCCCGUGGAUGGGGGGGAUAGUCGGCCGGCGAGUAAGGAUGAGAGUGUCGGUAGUGGGAGUGGCAUCUUUGGGAGUAGCAGUAUGUUGUUUGGCAGUGCGAUUGAUGGCGGGAGUAGUAGUGAGGAUGAGGAGGGUGGGGGGAGUACGAACGGGAGUAUUGCGGAGGAGCCGGCGGCGGGGACGGGGCUGUGGGGGAGUACUAGUGCUGUGAGGGGCAGUGGGCUGUGGGGGGAUUCGGGCGCGGCCGGGUGGGAGAGGAAGAGGAGGUGGACGGCGUCGACGAGGAGUGAGUUCCAGAAUUAG